AUGUAAAUUCGUUAAGAGUAAGUAUAUAUAAUCAUAUAAGACGAGAUCUAGAUUGUGAAUCUAUUAAAAAUGCCCUUAGAAACAUAAAUUAAAGACUCAAUUAUCUACAGAAAAUAAUUCCACCUGAAAUAAAUGUAGAAAAGGAUCCAAAAAUACCUAAAUUGAAUUUAAAAAAAAUAGGAAUAAUUUAAGAAGAAAAUAAAUAAAUACAAAAAAAAAUGACAGCUAAUUUUUAAACUAAUCAUUAAAAUUCAAUAGAAUAAUAAAUUAAAGUCCCAUUCAAAAUGAGAAGCUAAUCAUUUAAUAAUAAUAUUGGUUAAACAUAGCUUGAAUAAAAUCUAAAGAAUAUAUUACCUUCAAAUAUCUAAAAUACUUCUAAUUAAUAUGAAAAAACUAAAUUUAAUAAUGAAUUUGAUAUUUAAAAAAGAAGUUAAGAAAUACUAAAUAAAUCAAACAACAAUAAAGAAAAUCUUUAAAUAUAAUAUCACUAUUUAAUACCAUAGACUAACAUUGCUUAGCUAUAAGAACAUUAAUAAAUAAUUUAGAAUAAUUAAUCAAAGAUAAAUAUAACUCCAGUGAAAAUAAUUUCUAAAAAAUCUUAACCAAAUCCAUAAAUUAACUAUAAUUAAUAUUAAAAUCCAUAUAUUCAUCAAUAGAUAUCAUUGCAGUAAGCUAGUUAAUAAUAUGUUAAGUAUUAAAUUCUAAUAAGAAUUUUAGAGUUAUAUAAAAUUAUGAGUCCUCAAAUGGCCCAAUUUUAUAAUGUCGAUAUUCUCAGCAUCAUAAUUCUAGAUCAUCAUCAUUUCAUAAUUUAGAGAAUUAUCUAAUUGAAAAAAAAAUAUGA